GGUAUCGAUUAACGAUAAGGCCGACAAAUCUUAUCGACUACAGUUCUUUUUUUGCAAUUUCCAAUCUUUAGUAAUUUUAGUCUUUUUAAGAGAAUUUAAAGAGUUUGAAAUUGGUAUUUAAGAUGCCCAAGGUGCGCCGCAGUCGUAAGCCCCCGCCAGAUGGCUGGGAGCUGAUAGAACCCACUCUUGAGGAACUGGAGCAAAAAAUGCGCGAGGCCGAAACGGAACCGCAUGAGGGCAAACGCAUUACGGAAUCAUUGUGGCCCAUUUUCAAGAUUCACCACCAGAAGACGCGCUAUAUAUACGACCUAUUCUAUCGCCGAAAGGCCAUCAGCCGGGAACUGUACGACUAUUGCCUGAAGGAGAAGAUCGCCGAUGGCAAUCUGAUCGCCAAGUGGAAGAAGUCCGGAUACGAGAACCUCUGUUGCCUGCGCUGCAUCCAAACGAGGGACACCAACUUCGGGACGAACUGCAUCUGCCGUGUGCCCAAAUCCAAGCUGGAGGAGGGUCGCAUCGUCGAGUGCGUCCACUGCGGUUGUCGCGGCUGCUCCGGAUAGAUGCCAAACAUGAUCCUCUAUAUGGUAUAAAUCAUGAUCACACAUAACGUAGUUUAGUAGGUUCCAUUCUAGAUUCCACCUGGUUUCUCCAUAGUGUGUAAAUACAUUUUAAUACAAGCCACACAAAUAUAUUUUAAAGUAAGCAAAUCAUUUGUAAAGCCGCAGCAAUAAAACGAUUUUGUAAAUGACAAGGCUCCCGAAACGUACAGGUCCCAUCCGUAAGAUUCAGGUCUCCGGAAGUUCAUCAGACAAUGGUUAACAGGCUUGUUGCUUAGGUGUAUUUAUAUAAAGUCGUACAUUUUUUUAAUAGAAUUAAUAGGAAAAAUAGAACAUAUGUACAACAAGUUUUAGUUUAUUUCUGCUAAUAAAUUGUGUAUAUUGUGAAAAUUCUCAAG